CGCAUAUUUUUUGACAACUCUCAAACUUCACUAGAAAAACCGGAUGUCGUUCAAAGUUCUUUUUUCCACAUCGGCCAUUCGAGUGCAGUAGACAUAAUUUUGCUCCACUGAAAACCCUUGUUAAACAAUGUCGCUCGUAAUUCCCGAGAAGUUCCAGCACAUUCUUCGUGUGCUGAGCACCAACAUUGACGGUAAGCGUACCGUUCCAAUUGCCCUGACGGCCAUCAAGGGUGUCGGUCGCCGUUAUGCUCACGUCGUUUUGAAGAAGGCCGACGUCGACCCUUUCAAGCGGGCUGGUGAAUGCUCGGACGAAGAGGUUGAAAAAAUCGUCACCAUCAUCUCAAACCCCCGUCAGUAUAAGAUUCCGGACUGGUUCCUGAACAGACAGAAAGAUAUCAUCGAUGGCAAAUACUCGCAGCUGACCUCUUCCAACGUGGACUCUAAACUGCGUGAGGAUUUGGAGCGACUGAAGAAGAUUCGUGCCCAUCGUGGUAUGCGUCACUACUGGGGUCUGCGAGUGCGUGGCCAGCACACCAAGACCACUGGUCGUCGCGGACGUACCGUUGGUGUGUCCAAGAAGAAGUAAUCUUAAGCAGGUGCAGUGUUUAAGUGGAUAUAUUUUGUGGAGAAUCAAAUAAAUCGAGAUGAAAACAUGA